AUGAGUUCAAUUCCAGAGCAUUCUUCCUCUCAAGGUUCUUCUUGUGAAGGGUGGGGAGUUUGUCUGAAGCAGAGAGAGCCGUGUCCUGAUAGAGAAAUAACUUGAGUAGCUUCAUUAUCUUUGCCUUUACAGGAUAUCUUGAGCAAAUUGCAAGGAUUUGAAAAUGAUCGGGAUAUUGUCAGGAUUCUUGAAAAAAAAUGUGACUUCUCUGUUAUUCGUGGGGAUGAACUUGCUUGGCUAGCAAAUUCAGAAAAUCCCAAAUUCGAGUUGGCGUCUAUUGUUGGUUGAAGCCAACUCCUAAAUCAAGAAGAUCUAUUUUUCGAUGGAUUCUUUAGUAAUGACUGAGAAGUAGCACUUACAAAGAUUUUUCAUGAAACUGAGAAUAUUUACAGAAAAACUAAAAUACUUGAGACUCUUACUUUUUCGAUUCAUAGUGAUUACUGUCAGAAUAUAGAAGAAAGUAACUAUAUCAACAUUUUUGUUGAAUGUAUCAAUAGUCAAAAUGAAGAUAUGAUAAAUUUUGCAAUGAAGGGGCUCGGUCUUAUUGCUGAAGAAAAGGAUGCAUUUCAAGAGAACAUAGUAGAAAUUGGAGCUUUACAAUCAAUAUUUCGAAGGCUUCAAACUACUAUCGGUAAUUAUCAGGCACAAGAGAUUGCCACCUCUACAGCUUAUAACUGAGUUAAAGAAUUUGAGGAUUUACCAAAAAGUGAACGUUUAGAGUACUUACAUAUUGCAGUACAAUGAAUUCAAGAGUGACAAAGAGAAGAAGUAACCAAGAACUUGAUGGAUAUUACUUUUCAGCUUUGAUAUUCCCAUGAACUUUCUGAUACCCUUCACCGAGAACUUCCCAUAAUCAGCACCAUUCUAAGAAAAUGCCAUUAUAUGAGUCUCGAAAAUUGCAUCCCUGGGAUAUUUUGAGUCACUAUAUUGAGUAAAAUUCAGAAGCACCAUGAGUCUAUAUUAUGCCAAGAUUUUUAUGAUAUAUGCUCGAGAAUUUUUCAAGAAUCAGAUGAUGAAGAGAAGAUCACAAAAGCAAUCCUUUAUACGUUCGCAAAUUUAUCAAAAUACGAGGAAAACAGUGUGAAGCUUUUAUGUAGUAAUAUGUUUGCUAAUCAUCUCUCAAAGUAUAUUCUUACAGAUAUUACAGGUUAUAUGGAGAGAGAAGCAAAUGGAUCUGGUAAUUUCUUAUUAACUGUUAUGGGUUAUAAGAAUCGACAAAUUCUAGAAGUGCUCCAUAAAACUGGUAUCAUGAAGAGACUAUGCGAACUUGCUUCUUCCCAAACAGCUACAUGUUCCAACAACAAAAUCCUCGAAAUGAUUCUCUUAUCAUUACAAACCUACCAACACCACAAAGAAGAGAUCAACAAAUACAACAAGAUGCGAAAACUCCUAUAUUCCACCCCUUCCUCUAUCAGCCCCUUAAUCUCCACCAUCUUCCAAAUGUUCCAAGCCGAGUUCUGAGAUAACACUAAGCGACCACUCCUCCAAAAAAUCCUCCAAUUAUGUCCCUACACACACUCUUCAGCUUAAUUA